AUUACAAUAGUCUAGACGAGAAGAGAUAAAAGCAUGCAUUAGCACCUCCAUGCUGGCCUGAGAGAGAAAUGGGCGGACUCUGGCUAUGUUCUUAAGAUGAUAAAAACCUAUCUUUGUUAUGUUUUUAAUAUGUGGGAUAAAAUUCAGCUCAGAGUCAAAAAUAACGCCCAGGUUUUUUACAAAUUCUGCUGGUUUAAAACAUUGAAAGUGGAGAAUAGGAACCGGGGGUUGUUUUUAUGUUCUGUGAUGAGUUGUGAGAAAUGAGAAGUUCUUUCCUGUUUGACUGCAUUAUUGUAGGUUUUGAGUUGUUGACGUAAGAUUUCAUGAUGAACUUUUAGUUUUGAUUUCCUCCAUCUCCUUUCAGCACUCCUGCAGUUUCUUUUUAAGUGAUUGAUGUUAUCAUUUUUUCUCCAUGGGGGUAUCGGUUUCUUUCUGAUUGUUUUUGUUAAAAGUGGAGCCACUGAGUCCAGGGUUGACUUCAGUCUGUUGUUAAAAUUGUCAACAAUAAAAUCACACGGUGCAGGCAGAAUUUCGGCAGGAGUGCUCUGUAAAAUCUCAAUAAAAUCUGCAGCCACUUCAGAAGUUAGAUAACGUUUCCUCACUGUUCUCACCGGGGCCUCCUGCUGGUUAAAACUGGUGAUAUUAAAAAACACACAGUAAUGGUCAGACACAGCCAGGUCAACAACAGAGGACACACCAAUGGACAGGCCAUGGGUUAUAACCAGGUCAACAACAGAGGACACACCAAUGGACAAGCCAUGGGUUAUAACCAGGUCAACAACAGAGGACACACCAAUGGACAAGCCAUGGGUUAUAACCAGGUCAACAACAGAGGACACACCAAUGGACAGGCCAUGGGUUAUAACCAGGUCAACAACAGAGGACACACCAAUGGACAGGCCAUGGGUUAUAACCAGGUCAACAACAGAGGACACACCAAUGGACAGGCCAUGGGUUAUAACCAGGUCAACAACAGAGGACACACCAAUGGACAGGCCAUGGGUUAUGACCAGGUCAACAACAGAGGACACACCAAUGGACAGGCCAUGGGUUAUGACCAGGUCAACAACAGAGGACACACCAAUGGACAGGCCAUGGGUUAUGACCAGGUCAACAACAGAGGACACACCAAUGGACAGGCCAUGGGUUAUGACCAGGUCAACAACAGAGGACACACCAAUGGACAAGCCUUGGGUUAUGACCAGGUCCAGGGUGUGUCCUCUGUUGUGAGUUGGCUGUGUGACAUGCUGUGUAAAAUCAAGGCAGUUCAAAAGAUUUAUAAAGUCUCUGGACAUUGAGUCCGAGAUGUUGU